AUGCAGCAACUGCCGCUGCAGCGGCAUGACCGCAGGAGUGACUGUGCCGCUCUGGGUCUUGCAGCAGCAGCAGCAGCAGGAGCAGCAGCACUAACAGAAGCAGCAGCAGCAGCACCAGCAGUAGCAGCAGCAGCACUGCCACCAGCUGUAGCAGCAGCCGCAGCAAGCGGCGCUGCUGCAGCACGAGCCUCUCGCCCUCCGCGCAGCAGCUUCACCAAGCAGCUAGCAGCAGCAGCAAAAGAUGCGGAACAGCUCCUUGCUGCUGCUGCAGCAAGAAGGGCCGCAGCACAAAAGCUGCUGCCAUGCCUUUCCGAGCAGCAGCAGCAGCAGCAGCAGCAGCAGCAGCAGCAGCAGCAGCAGCGUCGAACGCGCCACUCCUGCAGCCCUGUGACGGUAGGAGCAGCAGCAGCAGCAGCAGCACGUGCUGCAGCAGCAGAUGACUACGCAGCAGCUGACAGCCGGAGGAGGAGGAGUGCAGGGAUGGCUGCAGCAGCAGCAACAGCAGCAGAAGCAGCAGCAGCAGCAGCGGCAGCAGCAGCACGGUCAGAUUCCAUCUUGCUGGAGCAGCUCGCAGAGCGGCAGCAAAAGCUGCUGGAAAGGCAGCAGCUGCUGCUGCAGCGGCAGCAGCAGCAGCAGCACCGCAUGCUUCUGCGUAAGAGGGACGCCUUCAAUGAGCAGCAGCAGCAGCAGCAGCAACACCAGCAGCAGCAACAGCGCGAGCAGCAGCAGCAGCAGCUAGGCUGGGCAUGGCAGCAGCACCUCGGCACAGCCUCAUACCUGCAGCAGCAGCAGCAGCAGCAGCAGCAGCAAACUCCUGGAUUGUACUGCUACGAAGAGUCGCAUGCCCUAGGAGUUAAGCAGCAUAUGCUGCAGCAGCAGCAGCAGCAGCAGCUUCACGGGUGGGCCCCCAGCAGCAGCAGUAGCCGCAGCACCAACAGCAACAGCAGCAGCAGCAGCAACAGCAGCAGCAGGAGACCCUGGGACUCCAGCUGCUGGCGCAUGCACGGCUGCAGCAGCAGCAAACGCUGCAGCAGCAGCAACAGCGUGGUGCUGCUGACAGAGCCUUCUACCAGGGCAGAGUUAAGUCCAGCAGCAGCAGCAGCAGCAGCAAGUGCUGCUGCAGCUUUCUGCGGCCAUAGUGUGGCCUGCAGCCCUGGAGAGACACCAGCAGCAGCAGCAGCAACAGCAGCAGCAGCAGCAGCAGACAGGACGCCUGGAGGCCGCCACCACCGCAGCAGCAGCAGCAGCAGAAACGGGAGAGAUAGCAGCAGCCCGCUUAGUGCUGCUGCUGCUGCAUACUUUGCUGCAGCUGCGGCAGAUGAUACAGCAGCUGCAGCAGCUUCAACCCCACCGACGGAUUCAGCAGCAGCAGCAGCAGCAGCAGCAGCAGCAGCAGCAGCAACAGGGACGACACCCGCUAGCAGCAGCAGGACGCGACUGAUAAUCAAGCGCAGUCACCUUCCUGCUGCUGCUUCUGCUGCUGCUCCUGGUCCCCCUUCUGCUGCUGCUGCAGCUGCUGCUGCUGCACCUUCUGCAGCACUCGAUGCUCCUUCUGCUGCUGCAUUAGCUGCAGAAGGGAGAGUGAAGAGAGCAGCAGCAGCUGCUGCUGCUGCUGCAACAGAGACAGCAGCAGCAGCCCUUCGGCUGCUGCCGUUCCUGAUGCCUUUUAAAGAAGCACAGCAGCAGCAGCAGCAGCAGCAGCAGCAGCAGCAGCAGCAGCAGCCGUUAGAUGAGCAGCAGAAGUGGGUGGAUCGGCUGCAGGGAGUGCGGUCGCGCAUCGCAGCUGCAGCAGCAAAAGAAACAGAAGCAGCAGCAGCAGCAGCACCAGGAGCAGCAGCAGCAGCAGCAGCAGCAGCAGCAGCAGCAGCAGAAGCCACUGUCUCAAAUCUGCAAAGCCGCAGCCUCCAAAUUGCUGCCUCUCUUCCACCGGAGGUGGGCUACUGCAGCGUGCAGUGCAGAGCCGUGUCUUUGGCUUUCCAUCACCCCAGCUGA